AUGCCUUCUGCUGGUGCAUCACAUCGCUCGUUUUACCCGUCUACGGCAGCCGGUCUGCCUGAGCCCUCCAUGUGUUCCGACCAGAGCACGCCCGGCCGCCCUAGGGUGCGCUUCUCAGAGGAUCUUCUGAUCUCGUCUCCGCAGGACUGUAGCGAGACAGGAUAUAAAUCCCCUCCUAAUCAUCCUUCGCCUGUUAUUCCCCAGGCUCUUUACGAUCCUUCCGCUCCUCAUGGAUACUAUCCAGAAUCACCGUACGGACAUCACACACGCGACCCUCAGUUCCGUCGUUCUAUUCAGUUGGCUGAACGCGAGGUGUCCCGUGUCCCCACUCAAGCUGUUGUCGAAAUGCAUACCGACAUCGGAGGCCGCGACCGCGAGGGAUCAGAGGACACACUAUAUGAGAAGGGCGGCGAGGAUCCAAAGCACAAGUACUCCCUGUCGUCGUAUCGCCACCCUUACGACAUCCCGCCCCCUACUCAUGCCUACACCGGACAGCCUGCAGUUGCGGCCCCGCCUACUCGUCGUGCGGUCCGUUUCAAUGACGAGAAGGGGAAUAUCGUACGCCCAGGCGACCGGGAUGAGGAGCACUCGUUUGGGGACACGUUCAAAUCUCACGCCUAUGCCGGCGAUGGCUCGCGUCCACCCCAGUGCGACUUUAAGCGGGCGGAGGCGCAUGAGCUCAGCAGCCUCCUUCCGUUUCUCGCCUUUCUGGACGAUAGUGAUCCGCUUCUGACAGGUGUACGCAAGGACAAGCUGAGGGAGCUGGAGCGAGACGAGAAGAACCGCGUGAGCCUCAUGUCAUACCGUGAGCGCCGGAAGUAUCUACAGCGUGCACGGAUCGAGUUCAAUGUUACUACCAUUGAAAACCGGCGACGUUUCCUUGUCACGCUUGUCAAGGCGCUCGUCAAGUUCUGCGCACCGUCGCAUCGGAUGGAGGCGCAGCUCCUGUCGGCGUCACGGAUCCUCGAGAUUGAGUGCAGGUUACUGCAGCUACCAACGACAAUGAUGAUGUGCUUUGGGCAAGACGGCGAUCCGACUGCGGAGGUGCACGUCGUGGUGCGCAAGGGCCAGCUCCAACUCGGUUCGCUGCAUCGUGUUCAUCAAGUUUAUCGCGCAGUCGUGCACGACGAGAUCAGUGCGAAGGAGGGCAUUAAGCGGCUGAAUGUGAUUUUGACCGACAAGCCCUUGUAUAACCUCCCGAUACGCUAUGCAUUAUCCUUCGGCCUGGCAGCGCUCAUUUGCCCGCUCGCAUUCGGAGGGUCGUUCGUCGAUAUGUGGGUUGCCGGCUCGGGAGCCCUGUUCUUGUGUUUGGUACAGACUCAGAUUUCGUCGCGGUCACACGUUAUCUAUGCAAAUGUCUAUGAGUGA